AUGUGUCCUCGAUGCGUUCCUGUAGAGCUCCCUGUUCUCAACGAUAGCGAGUCGAAGCGCUUCUUUAGAGAGGUCUUUGGUCGUUCAGUCAAUGUCCUCAACGACCGCUACAUCUUGCCGGCCGAUGAUGAUGAGCUGAAGCGUUUCGACAUUUUCCAUAGGAUGAUUAAGUUCGUCCUGGGCAGCAAAAAUUACGUCGGUCCAGCCGACGAAAUACUGUCACCCGAAAAGGGUGCUCUGUUAAAGGAGAAAUUGCGAGUUUUAGAUUUAGGUACAGGCGGAGGGACUUGGGCCAUCGAAAUGGCAGAUGAAUUCCCCCAUGUGGAGGUCACAGGAGUCGACCUCGCCCCUCUGCAGCCGAGGAUGGUUCCUCCAAAUUGCAUCUUUGAGCUCUGCGAUCUAGACCAGGGCUGCAUACCAUACCCCAGUAACUCGUACGAAGUCGUGCACGCUCGCAACAUGCAUGCCGGAAUCCACGACUAUCCAUGGUUCGUUCGAGAACUGACCCGUAUACUACGCCCGGGUGGUCUUCUCAUUCUCAUCGAGUUCGACCUCUGCCCAAUCGCGGACGGCCAGUUCGCUCCCACACCCACAAGAUCGGGCAUUCCAGGCUGGUGCAAGCUCCAGGAGGAGACUAAGCGAUGUCUGAAGAUGCGGGGCGUCGACAGUUCCGUCCCCGAACGCAUGGCAGAGUUCGUGGACAACACCGGCUGGUACGAGAGCGUGCGCCAACAGCAGGCUGACAUCCCCAUAGGAUUCUGGCCAAAAGAUCCGACUCUGCUGACCGUGGGCCAGCUCGCAUGGAUGAACUGGGAUAUGUUGUUGGUCGCCGUUCGUCCCUUGCUUCUGUCCUCAGGGUUGUCCGAAGCCGAAGUCAACGUUCUCAUCGAGGACGCCCAACGAGAUCUGUAUUACCCAUUAGUUCACAUUGCGAGCAGACUGUAUGUCGUGCACGCCAUCAAAAAAGAUUCGUAG